AUGGAGAUGGAGGAGGAGAUGGAGGUGGAGAUGGAGGUGGAGGCGCAGGCGGAGGCGCAGGCGCAGGUGCCGGUGCCCGUGCCGGUGCCGGUGCCCGUGCCGGUGCCCGUGCCGGUGCCGGUGCCGGCGCUGUUGCCUAAAGUGCCGCUGCUGCACAUCUUCUCCUUCCUGGACGCCUCCAGCCUGCUGCAGGCGGGCCAGGUGAGCAAGUACUGGAACAAGGUGGCAGAUGACGAGAGCCUGUGGCGAAGCCUGUGUCGGAGCAGAUGGAGCGGCUCCUGGGAGGCCCCGCAGGUGCCCGCGUGGAAGCAGCUCUUCCUCGCCCAGGCCCGGCGCGAGCUCCGCAUGGCGCGGGCCCAGCCGCAGGACUUCUCCUACCGGGAGGCGGCCGGCAGCCUCGGCGUCCUGGGGCCUUUGGCCUAUCUCUCAGGAAGCGGCCCCUCCGUGAGCGGGCAGAAGUCCAUCGUGUGCACCGUGUCUUCAAGGCGCGUGCUCUACGCCUGGGACGUGCAGGAGGGCUCUCUGACCUGGUCCAGCCCCGCCCAGCAGGCCAACAUCAAGUACCUGGCCACCCUGCCCCAGCGGUCACUGGCGUUCACGGUGGACAGGGAGGAGACCAUCAAGGUGUGGAACUGCCAGGACGCGGAGCCCCUGGCCGCGCGCAGCAUGCCCAGGUGCUGCUGCUCCUUGGAGGCCUUCCUGGCGGACGACGGCCCCGUCCUCAUGGUGGGCGACUCCGAAGGGGACAUCCACACGCUGACGGUGCCCGCGCUGGCCAGCGUGUCCCGCGUGAACGCGUUCGACUACAGCGUGGACCUCCUGUACUGCUCGCCCAACAGGAAGUGGGUCUUCUCCUCGGGGACCCACCCGCACAUGCUGCCCAAGGUGUUCUCCGCCCAGGGCCUGCUGAGACCCGGAGGCAGCGCCCCCUCGAGCGUCUCUCUGCCGUUCACAUUCUGCAGCCAAGCCUGCUGGGCCCUGAAGUGCGCCAACAGGGUGACCGUGAUGUUCCGGAGAGCGUCCUGCAGAAGGACAGGGUUCGGCACCUUCGACCUGGCAGCGAAGAGCCCUGGGGGCCGCUCCGGCCUGGAAGCCCGUCAGAUUGCGGCCUUCAUGCUGCCGGACGGGAUGGAGGACCCGCUCCGGAUGGGGGUCCGGGACGGAGACUCGAUCGUCUUCGAGAGCGGGCCUCACCUGUUCCUCUUCUCCAUCCGCGGCCGCCUGCUGCAUCGACUCAGCCACCACCGGAACGCCAUCUGCUCCUUAUGGGUGGACUCGCUCCACGUCCUCACCGCGUCCACGGACAACUACCUGCACCUGUACAUGUGGGAGGAGGACGGCCGCGGCGCAGGCCUCCUGAGCUGCUGCCACCUGGAGCAAAGGCGGGCCGACCCCACGCCCUGCUGCUACUUCUCCAGGGCGAUCUGCGACAGCGCCAGCAUCGUGUGCGUGGUGUCCAAGGCCCGCGAGGCCAGCGUCCUGGUGAUGUAUUCGUUGGACCCGUGAUACGGCGAUGAGUGCGGCCCCCCUGGCAUCGACUUCCUCGCUGUAGUAAAGAGAAUUCUAUUUGCAAACCCAGAAUGAUUAUUUAGAGAUAGUGGACAAAACAGCAGU